CGGAGCACAUACAAGGCAGUGGACGCCUCAACCCCAGGACAGGCCCAUAUCAUAAUGUUUAUACCUACAUGGAAACUUUACGUUUUUAAUUUCCAGCGAUGGUUUUGACUUUUGUAACUCGCUGACUUGUUGUGUGAUCCGAUAUGCCGUGAUAGAGGGACUUAGCUGUGAUGUUCAGUAAACAGAGGGCCCGAUAUCCGGAGAGUGAGUAAGUCCUCGAUCUGUAGGGUGAGGUAACUUCAUAAUGGCAGAACUCCAGCAGACACAGACAAAUAACAACAACAUUACAUAUAAAUGUGACCCAGGGGAACUGGAGGGCUCUGCUAACCCCGUACCCACCCUGGCAGAACUUAUGGCACUUCUGGAAGGCACGGACGCCGGCGCUGUGGACACGGAACUGAGCGAUGACGAGGGGUCCCUACCCCUGCCAGCCGUACAGACAGUGCACUCUAUGAGGGUGGUGCUCAAGGGUGGGGGACCGUGGGGCUUCACGCUGUGUGGGGGAGCAGACGUUAGGACCCCGCUAAGGGUAGCUGAGAUAGAGCCUGGGGGUAGGGCCGCAGUGAAUGGCAGUCUGCAGGUGGGGGACUGUAUUACCAGUGUCAAUGAUGUGCAGUGUGGCACAAUAACUGAAGCUGUCCAACUCAUCCAAAGUGCGUUCAGAACCCUGACUCUUGGGGGAUUCAGAGGCAAUGUUGAGCCGACAACGCCACUAAAGUCUCCCGAGUACCUGAGGCAGGCACGGGAGGCACAAGUGAGAGAAAAGCCUUUAGCUCCCCAGGAUGACAGUAUCAUGUACAGAGAGUCUAAACACAGCCUACAGUCUGGACAGAUGAAGAUGAAGGCGAGACAGAAACCUAGCCGGGGAGAAAGCUUCUGUAUUGGCAGUGUCGGAAAGUCCUCACUAGGUGGGGCAAGUCGAUCGUCGUUGUCACCUCUCCACAGCCGGAACUAUGAAAACCUCCAAUCACAGUCCAGAGUAGAUGGCAGCCCAAGUGACAACCUUACGAAACAAGGACAGCCAUUUUCUCAGCUCGCCUACAAACACGCCUCUCAAGAGGAUCUCCUGGAGCGAGGGCGUCGUGUCCGUGAAUUGACUGAUGCUUUACCCAACUCCAUUGGUGGCAGGAGUGGACCUCUGUCACCUGCCAAGUCUACUCCAGCAUUGAGCCAGGCAGCUAUGGAGGAUGUUGUCUCUCACAGACACUACUCUCCUUCUAAACCCUCCUUUCAUUCUGCCAAGUCCAGCCCUAACAUCCACCAGGAGCUGGAUGUCACUGGAUUAGGAGAGCCCCCAAAGCUGGUCAGGCCAUCCGCAUAUGCAGAGAAACACCUAAACUUAAAACGUCCUGGUCUGCGAGAUCCUCACAGGUCAGUCUGGGAGGGGGACAAGGUCAGGAGCACAGUCACUCGGCAGUCUUCCCCACGGGACAAGUACCGUCCAAACUCACCGCCACAGUCCCAGCCCUACCCGAGCUCUCAGGGAAGCUCUGUCCAGACGUACCACCCUGACACCAGCUUCCAGCCCAUAGUAGAUAAGGAGAACUACGGAAGGCCAUCAUCUCAACACAGGGUGGACUACAGCAAACAUGAUUAUCACAACGUUGAUUACCACGGACUCUCUGCCGGGUAUGAACCCUCUGACAGUGGUACCAGUGACUCAGAGCUGGAGGAUCCCCCUGCCAUUCCUCCUCCCCCACCCCCGGAGAGCCUCUUAAACCCAGCACUCUAUCCCCCAUGUUCUCCCCCUGCCCCACCAGUCAGAGACUCGGCUACCAUCAAGUUCUGUAAGGUGAAUCAGAGCCACGAAAAAUACCCGUCCUGGCCUGUGACCGCGCCCAGUAUCCGCGGCACCACAGACCCUUCUCAGCCAAUCACUUCGCGAGCAGAGUCUUGGUCUGAUCACACCAAUACUAGCUCUGAGUUUCCUCGAAAACAGCGAAUGGCAUAUGGCCCAUUCCAACCAAACUUACGGCCUUUGACAGAGAAAAACAGUCCUCUGGCUGAACGUAAAACGGAGGAGGGCAAAUCUCGGAAUGCCAGUGACCCCGGGCUGAAGUCCGACGUCAUGUAUCAUGCAUCAGUGGCUAAGAUCAGUGACAUUGGGGAGGAACGUAUGAAGAGUUUUUACAACUCUCAGCCAGGCUAUCCUCCCCCUAAAUAUGAUUCUGAUGGUCAUAAUCUGGGGGAUAAGGAAUACAGUGUACCAUCCCCCCCAGAGAGAGAUAUACCCAUAGCCACGAGCAACCUUCCUCCCUCUAAUCUGUCCUCUCCUGUACCAAAGCAGUACCGCACGCGGUAUCCAACCACAGACCAUGCGAGUAACCAAACAGAUGUGUCUGCUGGGCGACUGCAGAAUGACCAUAAGGGCAGUUCCUUGCCGAGUCCCAGAGAAGAAUCAGUGAGACACAGUGGCACGUCACAAGUCAGUUCUGAUUCUUCCCACCUACGAACGUCGUCUGUGACCAACACUGGGGAGCGCAGCGUGGACCACUAUGCACCAAAACGCGUCGACAGUAGAGGAUACAUAGUAACGCCUCGUCCCUGUUACAACACAGGGACACAGACAGAGGUACAUUCUAAAGCUAGCCCUGCGGCUAAGAGAGAAAAGAGGCCUUCCCCAAACACACGGCAUGCUGAGAUACAGGUGAAUGACGUGGCCAGUCAGACCAGCCCCAAACGACCGGACAGCUUAGGUGACCAGUGGUCAGCAUCUGAGGAGAAACCCACGCAAACUCGACUCUCCUGGAGAAGUAACGACUCAGACAGUGGAACUGGCCGACCGGAGGGUGUAGAGUCUCCAGGCAGGAUGAGAACAGACUCCAUGAAUGUGAGGAAAAGUGACUCUAUAAGCACAAGGAGUAGUGACUCAGUGAGUGUGAGGAAUAGUGAAUCUUUGAGCACAAGAAGUAGUUAUUCCAUGAAUACGAGGAAUAGUGACUCCAUUAUUGCAAGGAGAAGUGACUCCAUCGAUACAAGGAGUUGUGACUCCAUAAAUGUGAGUAGUAGUGAUUACAUGAAUAUGAUGGGUAGUGACUCCAUGAAUAUAAGGGAGAGUGACUCCAUGAAUGCAAGGAAUGGUGCCUCUUUAAACAGAAGGGGUAGUCCUUCUGGCAGAGAGCGACCAGCUGUUGAAGAUUUUAGACAACAGAGCAGAAACAGUGGCCGUAAAAGUGAGGGCACCACUCGAGACUACCAAAGAGACUUUCAGUACAACGAAAGAAUAAGAGACAUUAGGGAGAGAAAUGGGAGCAAUGAGUUGAGAAACUUUGAUCGGGGUCAUCCCCAAAAUACUCACAGAAAAGAGGAAAACAGAGAAACGGUUCCUCUGGAGAUAAGCAGGAAGUACGAUGGUGCUAUGAAUCCAGCCCAAAGAACCAAGAAUCACCUGGAAGAUAAGUCCACUAACGACAAUCUGACGAGAGAUAAACCAAGUGUGAUUAAAGGCUUUAGAAAUGACAGUGAUACACAAGACGUGAAGCAAUCCUACUCUUUCUCCAACAGGGCCAGCUCAGGGAGGAGGAGUGAACCACCUCUUCUGCAUGUCCAAAAACAAGGAGGAUCGGACAUGGAAUUUGAGGGGGACAAGACGUUGAGGAGUGAGGGCUCUGACUCAUCUCUCCCGUCCUUCUAUGAGUACACCCCGAGCACCGCGCCUCUGCUGAGGAUGCUGUCUAAGGAGAUGUAUGGUCAGCACAUCUCUGCCCGCCCUCCAUAUCAGCAUGACAAGAGUCUAUCCUUCUCAUCACAGGAGAACUCACGGAGCAUUGGCUCACCCACUCCUUCCUCACAGUACGGAAACAUGAAGGAAGCUGAGUCAUACAGUAGUGUCCUCAUCUAUUCAGAUGUGUCGUCUGGACCGUUUGGCAGAGAUGACUUUGGCUCUCAGCAGAGCCUGGGGUCACAGUUUAGCCUGCUGCAGGAAGCUAAACCUAUGGAGCAUGCUAAUGAUCGUUCUGAUGAUAAAACCACAUCUUCUGAGCCUCAGAACAGUGAGGAACCACUGUCUCCUAGAGAGCUUCGCAAAGCUAUGCGCAGUAGAUACAGCUUUGAUAAUACAUUCCUUCUAGUGAAACAGGCCAACCAGCCUACCCACAAGCACAGUAGCUCAGAAUGUAACCUUUCAGGCUACAACCAUAACUAUGUCAACACCUAUGACUUGGAGGACAAACAUCACCAUCAACCACAGCAGUUAAGUCCUCGCUGUCCUAGCUCUGUAGAAGAGCCCAUUUCCCCGUCCAGCUCAGACCAAAGACCACCCCAAUCUCUUGGCUCUGGAAAAUCAUCAAGUCAGUCACUAGAUCAGGAAGGUAACUGCAACUCUUACAAAUCUCACGCCGUCUCGGCAUCCUCCACAAAUCUUUCUCAUCCAUCCGUGUCUCAGUCAGGGAUGAGGACCACAUCAAAGUCCUCGGAGGACUUGAGCGCGCGGACACCUGUGACAAGCAAAGGCAUGUUUCAGCCUUCCACCAGAACACAUCUGUCCAGUAACAACCUGUGUAAGAAACAUUCCAGAUCCGGCUCUUCUUCUGACCAGAACGUAAUGUCUCCGGUCAGCAGUGGCCGUUGGCAACAAGAUGAAUCUCCCUCAGACAAAUCGAGUAAGCUAACCAGAAAAGAGACAUCUACAGAUCUCUCUGCACAAAGUGACCAAUAUGGGCUUUCAGGUGUUCUUCCAGGAGAGCAGGGAGACUCUGUAUUUCUUGACAGCAGUAGUUCCUACAUGCAGAAAGAUAAACCACCUCAAGGCAGGAAGCGUGGGGUUGACAAACUUGUCACUCGUCAAGAGUCCAUGAAACGAGCCAUGGGAACAUUUGAUGAGGUAGAACAAACUCUGUACACAACAACUCAUUUGAACAAAACAUCCAAGAGUUGGAACAAUCUCCAAGAUGCAAAGAAAGAGAAGUCCAAAGUUCCCCCCAGAUCCCAGUCCUACUCAAACUAUCAAGGUUUGCAUUCAGCAAGAAGUCAUUCAGACAGCAAUCGUCUUGAACAAAUCAAAGAAUCCAGUGAAAUUAGCGAAACCAAAUCAGAGUCCUUAUCAAGGGGUAGCUCUCAGCCUAAUCUGUCUCGACAUUCACAAAGGGAAGGUGACAGAAAGGCUAACGAAGCCAAGUUAUACAAUCCUAAAAUGUGGGAGGAUGACCUUGAUGUGGGGAGAGACACCAAAGGGUCCAACCUCAAGAGGACAACAUCUGAGCAGAUCCGGACCAAUAAGAAGCGAGAUCAGCCACAAGAGGAGAGGACUGCCUUGACCUCCAAACCUCCAUCAAACAGCGGACGGCCAGGAACAGAUAAUCAGGUCAGGUAUUCUGAGGUGGAGACGAGGAAGACUCCUCAACAAGCAUUGCUGAACUUUGUGGAGAGGAAGAAGGGUAGAUCAAUGGGGUCGAGUAGCAGUCAGACAUCUUCUGAAGGAGGGUCAGCCUUGUCGUCCCCCAAGGCCCUCACCAAGUGGCCAUCAACAUCCUCAGAAACCAUGGUGAAGUCGAUCCACAGAAGUGAGAGUUUCUCGGAGUCUACAUUGAGUGGAGGGUCCGACUCCAGACGUCAUUCCACCAGCAGUCUCCAGUCUAAUCGAGAGGACAGGUGGGCAGAGGGUAGAAAGGAGGUCAGGUCUAGCGCCCUGCCUGCCCCAGUGUAUGCCCAGGAGGAGCGUGUCACCAAGGCUUUGCGGCUUGAGCCCAGUGCUGGUGCCCUUGCUCCAAGGCCUUACAAGCCCCCAGUACCUGCAGCACCCUUUAAAUCUGGGGACGAUGAUGCCCCGCCUGCCCUUCCACCCAGGAACUACCGUAAGUUUGAUGAGGGGCAGCCUCCUGCGAAUACAGGGAACAAUCUGAGGCGGUUCAGCACAGAGGGCAGAUUAGACAAAACCCCACAGCGGAGGUUGGAUGGGGACACUGGCAACGGACGCUUUGACUCGCCUAAAGAGGACACCUAUGUGGCCCAGUUGCGUCAAGAGGCCAGGCGAAGACUUUCUGAACAUGUGAUGCCAAACCCGGCACGAAUCAACUUUAUCAAUUCCAAACCUGCAAGUUAUAUUUCCCAUUCCGUUGCCACACAGCCGAUGGUUCCUCAGGAAGCGACAGCCAUUCCACAGGGUCAGGAAAACAGCGGAACUGCCAUGACGCCCACCUCCGAGACCAAGCCACCUGCGGGACCAGUGGUACAACCAUCAGGGGAACCAGUGGUACAACCACCUACCCAGUACGAGACCAACCGUUCACAGAAAAGAGAGAGUCCGUCCUCAUUCCUGACCCAGCUGAGGAUAGAGGAAGAAGGUGACUCUCUGACCACGGUGACUCCCCCAGACAGCAGCCCGGAGCUACCCCUUCCGUCCCCACCACGCCCCACUCCAGGGGAGGAGGUGAGAGACCAGGGAGACCUGCCCCCACCCCCGAGCUUCAUCAUGGAGGACAGGGAGGCCACAGACAAUAGGGCAGAUUCCCAAGGAGAGGGGGAAGAAGUUGAUGGACAGAGGUAUCCAGAGGGAUCCUAUGGGUCUCACAAGAACAACAGAUCUGGGGCCAGGCCUUUUGGCUCUUAUCAGAGGUCUUCAUCUGGUCCCUUUCAUGAACCCACAGGCUCUGAGAGCAGCUCGGAUGGGCAUGGCCAGUCAAAGAAGCUGGGAGAGCGGGCAUGGAGGAGUGUCCAGUCCUUGCCGUAUCAGGCGUCCAGUCCCACAGGGACCCCACCACCUGACGCCCGCAGCAGUCGCUGGCUUCAUGCCCAAGGUCCCGCCUCGGGGGAAGUGUCACCUGUUAACACAUUGCCUCGUGUUACGCCCCAGAGAAGGGCAUCGGACAACUUUCAGGCAGCCUCUGUCAAGGUCAGCUCGUCCUUCAACACAACAGUAACGUGCAUUUCCUCGCGGGCAACCACGUCCAGGGAGAGUCUGACCAAUGGAGAUGUUGACACUUCUUCCCCUUCAGUCAGGGAGAGAGUGUCCAAUUUUGAACGUUCAAAGUGUUCUGAAAGGCUGAAUACCAGUGCUAAUGUACCAUCGCCAGCAGGGACUCAAGACAGUGUCUCUAAAACCAAAGCUGUAAACAGGUCCAGUGAAAACCUCUCAAACUCUGCUCCCAGAGAGCCAAAUCGGGUGGGAUCUCCCACAACUCAUAAUGGGCGACGGCCUAAAGAACAAAGCCGUGUGGAAUCUCCAGUUAACAAUAGCAGAUAUCAAUACAACGAUUCAAAACGUGUGGAAUCCCCAGUCAGUGACAGUAGAGGUCGAUAUUACAAAGACCAGAGUCAUGUGGAAUCCCCAGUCAGUGAUAGCAGAGGUCGAUACUACAAAGCCCAGAGUCAUGUGGAAUCCCCAGUCAGUGAUAGCAGAGGUCGAUAUUACAAAGCCCAGAGUCAUGUGGAAUCCCCAGUCAGUGAUAGUAGAGGUCGAUAUUACAAAGACCAGAGUCAUGUGGAAUCCCCAGUCAGUGAUAGCAGAGGUCGAUGCAAAGACCCUCGUCACGUAGAAUCAGCAAUAAGUGACAAGAGAGUUGGGUCAUCAUCAGUCAAUAGUACCAGCAGCCCUGUGUCUGUAACCAAUAACAGUGCUAUCAUUGGUAAAAAUGUGAAAAGAAUCUCGGUAGACAAUUUUGCUGCCAGUCCAUUGAGGACGUGUACCAACAGUGCUCCCAAGCCGAGUCCACGAGAGGAAAUGAACGCUGCUCGACCAGAAACGUUAGCAAUCAUCCAUCGGCGGGAAAAGUCGCGAGAAGAGGAGGAGUGUGAUCGGCAUGCCAAGCUAUUGGCUGGUCAGAUCGAUGAUUCCAGCCUAUCACAAGUCAUCUCUCCACCAUUUGAAAUGAGAAGUGCCAUGGAUUACAUGAAUGGAUUAUUUGAAGUCACCUCUCCUAGUGAUAAAGGUCAACCAAGAUCAACCUCUUCAGCAUCCAAGAAAGAUGUGUCACCGAAAAAUACAGCGAGAUCAGUGGAUACCAACAAAUCCUCGAGUGACAGGAAGAGUGAGUCUCCAUUGCCCGCUAACUCUCCGUACUGGAUCUCCUCUGCUAAAGCUAAGCUGAUAGAGCGCAUGAGGGAAACCGAUUCUGAGCAGCUCACACUGGGGGAAGACGAGGACAGCAUUGAGCAGAAAAAGGAGGAACUGAUGACCCGGAUCAACCAAAAACUUAAAGUUCUACAGGAAGCCAGGGAUGACGUGCAACAGGAUAUUGAUGGCAAUAAUGCAUUGGGCAAACAGGUCUUGGAGACAGUAGAGGAAAAGUGCAAAGGUCAGAAUGAGAAAGACAAGUACAAGUCCUACAUCGGAGACCUGGAAAAGAUUGUCAGACUUUUGCUGAAACUGUCGGGAUUGCUGGCGCGUGCUGAAAAUGCUUUGAGCUGUUUGGCUCCAGAUGCUGACCAACAACAACGGAGUGCCCUGGUAGAUAAGCGUAAUCAUCUCAUGGACCAGCAUGAGGAGGCCAAACGACUCAAGGCAGACAUUGACAAGAGAAGAGAUGUUGUGGCGGGAAUUCUGAAAAACUAUCUGAAUGAAGAGGAGAUUGGAGACUACAUGCAUUUUGUGGAGAUGAAAUCUCGACUGACAAUAGAGUUUCAAGAACUGGAAGAUAAAAUAACUCUGGGUCAGGAACAGUUGCAGGCUUUGAAGAGAAGCAUGCCAGAUGAUUCCUGAGUCAGCGUUUGGUGCUGUGCCUGGCUACAUUCAACACAUCGUACAAGACGAUCAACCGUUCCAUUAACAUCUUCACCAUUAUCGAGUCGCUUGGUUCCAAAUAUGGUGACAUUUUCCUGUGAGGAUCUGUAAAAAGACGUGGGAUUUUCUGUCCAGUAAUAAAAAACUAUCCCAAAAACUUGCCAAGAAAUGAGAAUGUGGGAGAAUCCUCCAUACAUCGCCAUGGAAAUGUGUUGGGUUUGGCAUUGAGGAAUCCUCCAUACUUCGCCAUAGAAGUGUGUUGGGUUUGGCAUUGAGGAAUCCUCCUUACAUUGCCAUAGAAGUGUGUUGGGUUUGGCAUUGAGGAAUCCUCCUUACAUCGCCAUAGAAGUGUGUUGGGUUUGGCAUUGAGGAAUCCUCCAUACAUCCCCUUAGAAGUGUGUUGGGUUUGGCAUUGAGGAAUCCUCCAUACAUCGCCAUGGAAAUGUGAUGGGUUUGGCAUUGAGGAAUCCUCCAUACGUCGCCAUAGAAGUGUGUUGGGUUUGGCAUUGAGGAAUCCUCCAUACAUCACCAUAGAAGUGUGUUGGGUUUGGCAUUGAGGAAUCCUCCAUACAUCGCCAUGGAAAUGUGAUGGGUUUGGCACUGAGGAAUCCUCCAUACUUCGCCAUAGAAGUGUGUUGGGUUUGGCAUUGAGGAAUCCUCCUUACAUCGCCAUAGAAGUGUGUUGGGUUUGGCAUUGAGGAAUCCUCCUUACAUCACCAUAGAAGUGUGUUGGGUUUAGCACUGAGGAAUCCUCCAUACAUUGCCAUGGAAAUGUGAUGGGUUUGGCAUUGAGGAAUCCUCCAUACGUCGCCAUAGAAGUGUGUUGGGUUUGGCAUUGAGGAAUCCUCCAUACAUCACCAUAGAAGUGUGUUGGGUUUGGCAUUGAGGAAUCCUCCAUAUAUUGCUGUGGAAAUGUGAUGGGUUUGGCACUGAGGAAUCCUCCAUACUUCGCCAUAGAAGUGUGUUUUGUUUGGCAUUGAGGAGUCCUCCAUACAUCACCAUAGAAGUGUGUUGGGUUUAGCACUGAGGAAUCCUCCAUACAUCGCCAUGGAAAUGUGAUGGGUUUGGCAUUGAGGAAUCCUCCAUACAUCGGCACAGAAGUGUGUUGCGUUUGGCAUUGAGGAAUCCUGAGCCUGUCAUGAAAGAGCUGGACAAAUUUGGUGCCUUAUCAUUGUGAAUUGUGAAAGUCAUCUGAUGGGUUAUGUGACCAAUCAUGUGACAGCAGGCACUCACCUGAUGGGUUACGUGACCAAUCAUGUGACAGCAGGCACUCAUCUGAUGGGUUAUAUGACCAAUCAUGUGAUAGCAGGCACUCAGCGUUGCUGUGGAAUUAUGUGAUUUUAACUGAAGAACCUAAAAGUCCAAAAUGUACACGAGUUAUUUGCAAGAAACCGUCUUUCACCAUGGCUUCAUGAACAUUUAAAGAUGUUGUAAAGGCUGUGUAUGCCAGGUGUUGUGAUAUGAAAUGUACAUGUCUCAGUAGACCACUUGAUCGAGUGUGAGGGGACAGAGACUCCUUAAAAGUAGUGUGUCUGUGUCAGGAUUCAGAUUGCCCCAAGUCUCAUUUGCUGUACAUAAUGUAAAUAGCUCAGUGUACAAUUUACCCUCAAGUUAACAUUUGUAUUCUAGCGCUGGCUACAUGACAAACGUCUUGAAUGGAUACAGGGGUAUGCGGCAUGAGCUGAUCAAUCUGCUAAUAUAAGUCAGCCAUGAUUUGAGGAGAUACUCAUUAGCGUGGAAGCUGAUCCUAACACAAGUAUUAAUACAAUCUGUCUAUAUGUUAUACAAGCAAUUUUUCUUUUUGUACGGAAUUUACAUGUCUUGUCUCCAGGCUUAUCAGCAGUUUAUUUAGCAAACUUGUUUACAUUUGACCUGGCUGCCGUCGUAUAAGUGAAGUGUUCUUAUGUAUGGGGGAAGAUACCAGUCAAAUGAAUAAAUAAAUAAAUACAUUUGACCAGCCCUAGUUCUUGGGGAGAAAUUUAGUCUCCUACAGUAAUGUAUAAAACAGGGGUAGGAAGAAUUUGGAGGGGGGUUUUGGACCAAAUGAUAUAUUUCAAAAACCCUAAGAAUGUGAUAAAUUUUUAUUUCAGUCUUAGCUCGCCAUUAAAGGUGCAGCACAAAGAGGAUGCGUUCAGGUAUCAAAGUCUCACAGCCAAUGUUUUAGGAAUCUAUUGUUUGGGCUCUUAAACAUCCGGAUAAUUUUUGUCAGAUUUUAUUACAGCCAAACUCCAUUUUCUUAACUAUUUUUAUCCAUCAUUGUCACAUUAAUAUGAAUUUUUUUCUUUAAAGUAAUACAACUAUUUAUUACCCAUGGGGUGUUUUCAUACCAUUGGAAUUCUUAAAAAAAAAAUUGAAAAUGUUUACAUUUGUGAACAUGUGUAUAUAACGACACUGAAAAGAUAUUAUUAUAAAUAUCAAUUAAUAUUUUUAACAACUUGUAAGUCAUGCCUUUAAGGGUAUCAUGCUUAUUUUCAGAAUAAGUGGGGUAUAUAUUUUAUUCAAAGUCUGAUGAUGCCUAUGUCUUAUUUAAGUGCUACUGCAUUCUCACAGUUACUAUUCCUGUCCAUUUUACUUGUAUGCAUCACAUCCUAACGUGUCAAUAGCCUUACUCACUGGGAUGUUUGACAUGACUGAGAGCUGUAUUUUUUAAUGUCUCUUGGCAGACUGGACACCGUCCAGUGUCAUUGUGUUUAUAACCAUUUACACCAGCAUGGAAUCCUAGGCACCAGCUUCCUAACCCUAUAUAACAUAGGCUGUGGUGGUGGCUGGCUGGUGAAUGUGAUAUCUGUACAAGUACACACACUGUGGAAUAUGGGGUACUCUUUCUGAUAUGUUAAAUGCUUUACAGCUUUUUGAUUCUUAGUAACCAGGAUAAGGCUGUAACUUUUUCAAUGCUGUCAAUAACCCUGUAUUUUUUUCUGUGCCAAGUCCAACCUUCAGAUUUGUGCUGAGUGUUUUAUUUCCAGAAAUAUUGUGUGAAAUAAAAUAUUUUGUCAUUGACACAAGAAA